AUAAAGGACCCGGGAGUCCUCGAGCUGCCGUCAGUUAGGAGGCUGUGCAGUCCGAGAUGGGCUCGUCUCGGGCACCCUGGAUGGGGCGUGUGGGCGGGCACGGGAUGAUGGCACUGCUGCUGCUGGCUGGUCUCCUCCUGCCAGGGGCCUUGGCUAAGAGCAUUGCCACCUUCUCAGACCCCUGUAAGGACCCCACGCGUAUCACCUCCCCUAACGACCCCUGCCUCACUGGAAAGGGUGACUCCAGUGGCUUCAGCAGCUACAGUGGCUCCAGCAGUUCUGACAGCUCCAUUUCCAGCGCCAGUGGCUCUAGUAGUGGCUCCAGUGGACCCAGCGUCGCCCAGAGUGGUUCUUCCGGAUCUUUUAAGCCAGGAACGGGGUACUCCCAGACCAGCUACUCCUCUGGAUCUGCCUCUAGUCUACAGGGGGCAUCUGGAUCUCCCCAGCCGGGCAGCGGCAGCUCUUACUCCGGAAGCAGCGGCUCUCAGUCCGGAAGCAGCGGCUCUCAAUCCGGAAGCAGCGGCUCUCACUCCGGAAGUAGCAGCUCUCACUCCGGAAGCAGCCCCUCUCAUUCGUGGAGUAGCAGCUCUCAUUCGAGCAGCAGCUCGCAUACAGUCAGCGGCACCUACCAAGUAGGGAAUGGCUCUGCUCUGCCAACCAACCCCGAUUCUUCCCGCAUACUAAUGAGACCUUCCCAGACCUCAGGGGCGUCCAUCAGUGGCCAAAGUGUCAGCUCCAACCUGCGUCCCUGUAGUUCGGACAUCCCCGAUUCUCCUUGCAGUGGAGGGCCCGUGAUCACGAAGGACUCCAGCCCUUACAUCUCCAGCUCCCACUCUGUGUCAGGGGGUCAGAGGCCUGUGGUGGUGGUGGUGGAGCAGCACGGUUCUGGUGGCCCUGGAGUGGUUCCAGGUGCCCCCUGUAGCAAUGGUGGCCUUCCAGGCAAUCCCUGCCCCCCAAUCACCUCUGUAGAGAAAUCCUACGGUGGCUACGAGGUGGUGGGUGGCUCUUCUGACAGUUAUCUGGUUCCAGGCAUGACCUACAAUAAGGGGAAAAUCUACCCUGUGGGCUACUUCACCAAAGAUAACCCUGUGAGAGGCUCUCCAGCAGUCCCUUCCUUUGCAGCUGGGCCCCCCAUCUCUGAGGGCAAAUACUUCUCCAGCAACCCCAUCAUCCCCAGCCAGUCGGGAGCUUCCUCGGCCAUUGUGUUUCAGCCGGUGGGCACUGGUGGGGUGCAGCUCUGUGGAGGCUCCAAGGCGCCCUGCUCUUCCUCCGGUUCUCAAGUCCACAUCAGUUCUAGCGUUUCCAGCAGCUCCGGUUCACCCUACCAUCCCUGCGGCAGUGCUUCCCAGAGCCCCUGCUCCCCACCAGGCACCGGCUCCUUCGGCAGCAGCUCCAGUUCCCAAUCCAGUGCCAAAAUCAUCCUUCAGCCUUGUGGCAGCAAGUCCAGCUCUUCUGGCCACCCUUGCAUGUCUGUCUCCUCGGUGACACUGACUGGGGGUCCCGAUGGCUCUCCCCAUCCUGAUCCCUCCGCUGGUGCCAAGCCCUGUGGCUCCAGCAGUGCUGGAAAGAUCCCCUGCCGCUCCAUCCGGGACAUCCUAGCCCAAGUGAAGCCUCUGGGGCCCCAGCUAGCUGACCCUGAAGUUUUCCUACCCCAGGGAGAGUUACUCGACAGCCCAUAAGUCAGCGUUUGCAUGUGUGCAUGCCUGGGGCACACACAAGCACAUACAUUGUAUCUCAUUUGGGAGAAGUCCAGUGCCCAGGCAUAGGGUUAGCUCAGUUUCCCUCCUCCUUCCCAAAAGAGUGGCUCUGCUUCCUCCACUACCCCAAGGUGGCAGACUCUCAUCACCCCUUCCUCCUUCCUCUCCCUAAUAUUGUAGAUUCAAAGCUCCUCUCCGAUUCUCUCCUACUGUUUAGAUUCCCAUUCCACUGCAGUGCUCCCUCAGCCAGAUAACCACCCCUUACAAUUCCGUCUGCUAUGUCUUUGAAAUGGUCCAUUGAGUAACCCCCGCCCCCAUCAGCUUCUCAACUGGGAAACCCCUGAAAUGCUCCCAAAGCACCUCUGAUGCCUGGAAAACUAUACGUUUCUCUUCCACUUUACCAAAUAAAGCAAAGUCAAACCAACAUCUGGAAACAGUGGCCACUUUUCACUGACCUCUCUUCAACAUCUGAUCAACUCACCCAAUAUACUACUGGGCUCUCGCUCCCAGUUUCACCCCACCCUCCAUUACAGAGCUCACCACGCCCUUCUACAUCACCGUCCUGAACACACCCAUCGCCUCUUAAGUCCCUUAUCUCAGCCCCUUCCCUCAGUGCUCAGAUGCUUCCCUGGGUGAGGGAGACACUGGGGUGCCCGCAGAGGUUGGAGCAGACUCCCUGCUCUCUCUGGAUCCUGGACCGUUGAUCCUGGCUCAGUAAACUGUGGGGAUAGAUGCAGACUUUUUGCCUUCUUGGAGUUCUGGGUCUCCUCUGAGAGCCUGGGUCGUGCUCCUCCUGCACCUCUAGAGGUCUCUGUAUCCCUAGUUUUCCUUCAAAAGAGGACCGUAUUUCUCCUCUACCUUCCAGCUCCUCCCACAGAGGAGGAAGACAAUAAAUAUUUGUUGAACUGAAA